UCAUCUACAAUUAACACUGUGGUUUCCCAUGUGUUUGAUGACGGAAGGCCGGAUGUACAAGCCAGCUUGGACAUUUCAAAGCGUGCGUUUAAAACCUCAAGCUCAAGCAGCAGAAGUGUCAGCCAUGGGGGGAGGACAGAGUGCCGGAGAGAGCCAGGUUGAGGAGCUGAAGAUGGAAAAUGCAGCCAUGGGGGCCAGAUUGACGGCCAGUGAGAAUGAACUACAAAUCAACAAGAGCAAGAUUCAGGAGCUGGAGAGUAAGAAUGCAGUCCAAGCAGCAGAGGUGUCAGCACUGGGGACCAGACUGAGUGCUUGUGAAAGCCAGGUGGAGAAGUUGAAGACAGAGAAUGCAGCCCAAGCAGCAGAAGUGUCAGCGCUGGAGAGCAGAUUGAAUGUUACUGAGAGCAGGUUGGAGGAGCUGAAGACAGAGAAUACAGCCCAAGCAGCAGAACUGUCAGCCCUGACUGUUAGAGUGAGUGCGAGUGAAAGCCAAAUGGAGGAGCUGAAGAGUAUGAAUCCAGUGACACCAAAGGUGGCGUUCUACACGGCUUUGACUGAUUCAGGAUAUAUAGGACCCUUCACCACUGAUACUACUCUAAAGUACAGCAAUGUCUACACUAACAUUGGCAACAGCUACGACCCAACUACAGGUUUCUUCACAGCACCAGUAAAAGGCAUCUACUACAUCAGAUUUACCUUGUGCGGCCUCCGUGGUGAAGUCAACAUGGGAGUAUACAUGUCCAAGAACAAUCAAAAAGUCAUGUAUAAUGUAGAGCGGAAAGAAAAGGAAGGUUUUACAUACAUUUCAAAUGCUGUCACUCUAGAACUAGAGGAAAGGGAUUGGAUACACAUGAGCCUCCCAUCGGGCAUGGCAAUCUAUGAUAAUGACUUCAAUCAAAGUACAUUCAGUGGCUUCCUUCUCUUUCCCAUGUAAGGAGGUGAGAACUAUGAAUUGUGUUCUAAACCAGGUGUUUCAAACUUACACAGGAGGUUCAUAGUAAAUUCUGAUUGUAUUUCCUAGCCUUCAGCAUUUGCAAUAUAAUGUUGCUCAAUCUGUCACUUUUUCAGUGCUUCAUGACUGUCUAGCCCAUGUUUAGUUAGGCGGAGAUGUUUAGAUGAAGAGACUGAAUUUAGGUUAAUUUCUACAGUUUUAUUUGGUUUAUUCAUUUAAAUGUCAAUUAUUUAUUUACUCAAACCACACAUGGGCCAAAAUGAAUGGGCUUCUGGGCCAGAUCCAGGGAAUUUUGUUCAAACUUUAAAUUAAUUACCUUGUGAAAAUCUUACUUGUAAAAGUUUAUAUUCUGUUUCCUGGUGACUUCCCCUACAUGAGGCAAAAGAGUAACUAAAUAAUUAUGUGGAAAAAUUAUGUAAUAUUCUGGAGGAUGAACUGCCCAAUCAGUAGUCUAGCAGUGGUGGAGUCAGCACACAACUAUGAUCAUAUUUUUUUAUUAUAGGUAUAACCACACAACAUUCUGUAAGUAGGGUACACCAACAAAAUCCCA